AUGACAGCAAACACGGCCAACAUCCGCGACCUCUGGCAGAACAAGACUUACUCGGACCUCAUCAUUCGCGCGUACGGCGAAGAGGACUUGCACUGCAACCAAUGCAUCGUCUAUCCACGAUCCAAGAGGAUCAAAGAUGAUGUCUCGAAGAACGGUCACGCUGGCGCCGAAAUUGAUCAAGACGAGGCAGGAAGAAUUGUGAUUGAUUAUGACGGAGAAGAGCAUACCAGCAUGAUCAUCAUGGUGCACGCCAUGUACGAGGGUGACGAGAGCGAGGUCUUCCGUGGGCAGGAGCCUGAGCGCAUCGUGGGUGCAAUCAAGUUGGCGGUGCAGGACCAGCAGUUCGAGUUUGCGAAAGCGGCAUUUCGAGCUUUGCUGCCAUCCGGGCCAAAUGCGGACAUUCAUGUCAACGGAGACGACAUGCUGACGGUCAUUCAAACCAUGCGCGAAACGACUGACAAGUACAUUCUUGCGAUGGCCGACAAGCUGGAGAUGGCGUGGAUGCCCAUGUUACUCUCGAAUUCGUGGUCCCGAGGCCACUUGAAAAGGGACGCCAUUCAGAAGUUUCUCGCCUCCAUGAAGCCGCGAGAGGAAGAGGAGGACACUUCCGAGGCGACCGCUGGGUUCGUGAUGCAGACCACUCGGGAUCCCACUCCUCCGCCUCCCAGCCCGGCUCCGAAGCCCACGCCAAAGAAGAAGGCGACUCCCAAGCGAAAGCGCCAGGCCACGAGCGAUGGAUUCGAUGCCGACGUUCCUGGAUUCGAUUGA